AUGUUGUCAUAUAUCGGGCUACAAGUGAAGCUCACCCUGCACUCACAACCAGGCUCGACGCUUCAAGCCAAGAUCCUAUCCAUCGACCAGGCAACCAACACGCUCACGGUUCAGAAGCAAGAUGGGUCGCAGACCGUGCUCAAACGAACCGACAUUGCGGAUCUCGCUGCUUGCAAGUCCGCAGAGACAACAUCAAAUGGAACCGCAGACUCGAGCAGCUCUGCUCGCUCGCAUACAGCAACGCCGGUGACUUCGCAGGGCAAGCAGAAGAAACCGCAAGAGUCGGCCGCCCAACCCGCUGCUGCGCCAUACGUCGAUCCUGCCAUCGUCUCUCACAGCCAACCGAACACAGCCCCCAGCAGCGCAGGCUCGCACGCUACAUCUCUGCUGGCUUCUCUGCAAGCAUCCGACCCUGCAGCAUCCCGCUCCUCCACGCCCUCCCGCUCGCCGCGCCCGAAACCCGCCUCCGCCUCAGCCCCCUCCAAAUCAGCUAAAAAGAAGCAACCCAUUGCGCGCAGCGACAGCCCCGCUCUCUCCGAAGAAUUCGACUUCAGCGCCGGCCUAGCGGCCUUCGACAAGAAGAAGAUUUGGGACGACAUCCGAGCGUCGGACCACACAGACCCUGCCUCGCUGCUCGUCUCGCACAACCGCAUCGCUAAUGGGCCCGUCGAGCUGGUGCGCGGACCGAACGGGGUCGGUCCGGCAAACAGCGUGUCGACACCGGAGAGGGGAAGGAGCGCGAAGGAUGGGCAGCAGAAGUUGAGGAUCAAUGAGAUGGUUUGCAGUCCGUCGCCUGAGCGCGUGCCUUCGCCACCUGCUGCAUCGACAGCAAGGGCUGAAGUGUCGGUUGGAGGGAGUGCGGAGACAGGCAAGCCGACGUACGAGCAGCUGGAGGAGCGAGUAAGAAAGCUGGAGGCGGAGCUGGCAUUGGCAAGACGACGAAACGUGCUGUUGGAGGAGCUGGCUGGCUUGGGACUCGGUGUUCACGCUCGUGGGGAUGCAAGCGCCGACUACACUACAGCUCCUGCGACGUCUUCAUCCGCUCGAGCUGACACCAACGCGUCGGCCGCUCAACAGAAAUCCGGACCAGCCGAUCCCGUCGCAGACACCGAACAGCAUCUCUCUGCACUAUCAAUCCUGGACCCACCCAAGUCCGACCCUUCCGCCCUGUCCAACGCCCUCGCAGCCGCCGGCUUCGCCAUCUCGACCAGCAACCCCACCUCAGGCGCAAUGACGCCCACAUCCGUAGCCCCCACGGAGCCCGAUCACGACCCUCUCUUCGGGCACAUCCUCUCUCCACCCAUUCUCACGCUCCUCUUCCCCACGGCCGCGCUCCAGCACUCGGCCCUCGCGCGGAUGGAAGCCUUCUACGAAUCCUCCUCGACCUCCAAAGCCUAUCUUUCGCUGCAGCAAGCGGCGGACGAGCGCAUCUGUCGCAACUACCAGGGGUUCAACUUGCCCCUUUCUGCCGUGCGGGAGUGGUUGGAGGCGAUGCAUGAAUCUACCUCCUCCAGUGACCUUCCUCGAUGGUGGGCAGAGCACUGUUCGGGCGAAGAGAACGACCUGCUCGACUUGCUCGUGACGCACAACGCCAUAGCGGUGAACGAAGGCGCUGUCUCCCGUUCGGGUGAAGGAGGGGAGGUGAGCUACCUCAUCUCGUGCGUCGCAAGCCAAGCCCAUUCCACACUACCACACGAACUCCUGCACGCACUGUACUUCCUCUCCCCUACAUACCGCUCGGAAGUCGACACGCAGUACGACUCGCUCUCUCCGCAAAAUAGGAAGGUGAUAGAGACGGAUUUGGGGUUGAGGAAGUACGCACCCGAGGUGUGGAGGGACGAAUUCCAGGCGUACCUCGCGGAAGGAUUGGGCAGCGAGAAGGAGUUCGGUAACAAACCCGCUGCGGAGUGCAAGGUGAUCGCAGAGCAGCUAAGAGCACAAGUGAAAGGGGAGUGGUCGCGAUUGGGAUUGGAUGUGGGGGCGCAGGAGGCAAAGUGGGAGGAGGUCAAGUGGCAGACACUCGAUCGGUACGCCGCUGUGCAGAAGGCGGAUAAGAAGGCAAAGGCCGGCGUGGCGGGCAAGGGCAAGGGUGGGAAGAAGAAGAAGUGA